CAGCCCCGGCGUCCCGCCCCCAAUGCUCCCCUCGGUUUCUUCCCGCCCACUGUCCUUCGCUGCCAGUCCCCAGCCUCUGGGCAAAGCCCACCUGGUCCGUAGAGCAGGCCGCGCUCUGGAAUGGGUCUGCAGAACUCCAGAGGAACCGAAACUGCCCGACCUGAGCCUGGACUGGUCCGGAGUCAGGAUUGAAACUUGAACCCAGGACCCCUCAGGCACCAGAACCCGAAGCUUUUCUCCACCCAGCCGGCCUUUCUUUGGAAGCACCCGGAUCAUGGCCGAGCCUGGAGAGCAACUGCCAGAGGAGGUGCUGGCACUCAUCUUUCGCCACCUGUCUCUGAGGGACCGUGCAGCUGCUGCCAGGGUCUGCAGAGCCUGGGCUGCUGCUGCUACCUGCAGCGUGGUGUGGCACAACACGACCAUCAGUUGCGACUGCGAGCGAGAAGGCACGCUGCUGCCAUACCUGUCUGCCUGCCUGGACCAUGUUCACAACCUACGACUGGAAUUUGAGCCGGCGAGGGAGCCGAGCCGCCGGGCGGCCACUGAGUUGCUAACCGCCCUGGCGGUGCGCACCCCGGGACUUCGAAGCCUGCGCCUGGAGUGCCGCGGAGAAAAGCCGCUCUUCGAUGCAGGCCGCGACAUCCUGGACGCCGUGCACGCUAUAUGCCGGGCCGCGUGCGCGCUGCGCCACCUCGACCUUAGGCGCUUGCCUUUUACGCUGGACGACGAGUUGGUGCUGCAGGCGGCACGCGGCUGCCCCGAGCUCCGCAGUCUUUUCCUUGACAACUGUACGCUGGUAGGCAGCGUGAAGCCCGACUCUGUGCUCGAGCUACUAGAAGGGUGCCCGCGCCUGUGCGCCCUCGGCCUACACCUAGCUAGCCUGUCGGGCACUGCCCUCCAGGUGCUGGCAGCGCCGGACCGCGCGCCUUUCGCUCUCCUGGCCCUACGGUGCGCGUGCCCCGAGGACGCACGCGCGCCACGCUUGCCCGAGGAAGCCUGGGCCGCGGUGCGCCGCCGCCACCCAGGACUGGCCGUGGAGCUGGAGCUGGAGCCAGCGCUGCCGGCUGAGAGCGUGACGCGCGUCCUACAACCUGCCGUGCCAGUGGCUGCGCUACGUCUCUGCCUCUCUGGGGAUACGGUAGGCCCGGUGUGCUUUGCAGCGCGCCACUACUGCGCAACCUUGCGCGCGCUUGAGGUGCGCGCUGCUGCCUCAGCGGAACUGGACGCCGCACUGGAGUUGCUGGCGGCGCGCUGCGCGGGCCUGCGCGAAGUACACUGCUUCUGCGUGGUACGACCCUCUGUGUUGCACGCCUUCCGCGCGCAUUGUCCGCGCCUGCGCAGCUACACGCUCAAACUAACGCGGGAGCCCCAUCCCUGGCUGCCCACGCCUGUGGCGUGAUGGGGUGGUCGCCUCUCCAGUAUAUAUGUGGCCGCUAAGAUGCUGGAUGCAUUUGUCCAGGCGUACACCAACUGCCAGCCCGCUCCUUCGGGUCUCUGUUGCGUCUUGUGCCUCUGGAAGAUGAGCGCAUGUAGGAUAGCGUUGGGACCAUCCCAGGGCGUCUUGAGUCCACUGGACGGAUCUCCAUAAUGGGAUCAUCCUCCCCCAGUCCCACUCCUCUGCUGACGCUGCGCUAGCUCCACGGCCCUGGCGCGUGAGGGGGGCGGAUAGAGAGAGGACCCUGGCUCCUGUGGCGACUCGGGUGUGAGUGUGAAAUAAACAAAUCCUGUAGCAA